GGAGAGAGAGACCGAGGGGCCGCCACCUGAGCGCUGCGCCCCCGCAGACCGGUUUAACUCGCCUCUUCAUCGCCGCAUUUCAAAACCUCUCCCGGGGGGGGGGGGCUGUGGCAAUGGCUGAGACGUCGAUAAUUCAAGAGAACCAACAUUACGCGGUGUUUGACGCCGGUUUUCUGUACGUGUGGGGCGGCUACGUGAUAUAUGAAAACCAUGAAGUCUACUUACCCAAUGAUGAAAUUUGGGUUUAUGAAUUAGAAAAUGGCACAUGGCAGAAGCACGCAAUGAAGGGAGAUCUACCACCUCCCUUGUCAAGAAGUUGUGCUGCUUGUCUGAAUGGAAUAAUGUACAUUUUUGGAGGAUAUGAUGGCCUAGAGUAUACCAAUGAAAUGUAUUGUGUUAAUCUGCAGGUAAAAGAUGCCACGUAUAUUUGGAAGAAACUCAGGAAUUGCCAAGGAAUUUGUCCUACACCAAGACAUGAGCUUUCUUGCUGGGUUCAUAAAGACAGGUUGAUUUAUUUUGGUGGCUAUGGGUGUAAGAGAAUCAGUGAAUUGAACGAUUCGUUUUAUGUGAAUGAAGCAUCUUGGGAAGAAGAGAUGUUCUGGGGAUGGAAUUGUGAGAUCCAUGUCUUUGAUCCCAGUAUCCAGAUCUGGUACCAGCCCACGACUAAAGGGAUGCCUCCUCGGCCUCGAGCAGCCCAUGCCUGCGCUGUUUUGGGAAAUAAAGGUUAUUUGUUCGGAGGUAGAAUACUGGAAACAAGAAUUAAUGAUCUGCACUGCUUGGACUUAGAUUCGUGGACUUGGUCUGGGGAAGUUGCUGUUGAUGGAAUACGCCCCCAGGGUCGUUUAUGGCACACUUUGACUCCGGUGACUGAUGAUCAGCUUUUCCUUUUUGGAGGGCUAAGUGCAGAAAGUCAACUACUUAGUGAUGCAUGGAUCUACAGUGUUGGAGCUAAUGAAUGGAGACAAUUUGCACAGUGCCUUAAGAACAGACCCAGGUUGUGGCAUACAUCCUGUCUAGGAAAGGAGUUUGAAGUGAUGGUGUUCAGUGGAAGCAAGGAUGAUUUACUUUCCUACGAUACUGGUCACUGUAAUGAUGUGCUGAUCUUUCAAACUCAACCCUAUUCACUCCUCAGGUUGUGCUUAAACCCCAUUGCCAAAAAUGCCACAGUUUUACAGAGUCAGCUUCCAUUCUUACCUCGGGAAUUGUUGGAUCAAGUGCAGAAGAAAAUAAAUUUCUGGGUUUCAGCUGGACAGCAAGAAAAAUGCGAUUGUAUUUUUAACCUGAAAUGUUAAUCAAGAAUAGUUCAUUCAUUAUCAGACUUAAAUACUUUUUAUAUGUCUCACAAAAUAUUGUUAUGAUUGGCAAAUGCUCUCGUAGUGAUUUGCCCACGUGUGCCCAAUGCAGUUCUAAACGUUUUUUUAAAAAUUAACAAAGGUUUACUGUUUUAUUGUUACUUUUGUGCCAUUGAGUGCUUGGACAUAUUUUCCCUUGUGAGUAUGUCUUCCCAUAUUUUUGAGAAAUAUAUACAGUUUUAUAUAUAUAUAUUUAAAAUAUAUUACCACUUCGUCAAAAACAUUGAAAGAUUUGUAACUGAUCAAUUUAUUUCCGAAAAUCCUGAUUGUUGCCAAAAGUCACAUGAUAUUUAAAAAAAUUGAGCAGCACCCUUUUCAGUAGAUAUCGUAUAGUGUGCUUUACCCAAAACACAAAAUGCAUCCCCUAUUUCCUACAACAUAAUGCAUUCCACAGCCUGUAGUUUCUUGAUACCAUUUUCACACUAAACUCAACAUGUGGAUUUUUGUGGCUUGCAGAUUGGAUACAAACAAACUAAAAUAGUGCAUGAGACUUGUAGUGAGAAGCCAAGGCCAAUGAAGCACUAUGUCAUCUAGUGUGAUAGCGUUCACAACUGUGAAAAGGUGAAGCACAAAAAAACAUUGGACCAGGUUGUGAAACUGAAAACACCAUAGGAAGUGGAAAAAUCAUGGAAUUGUGUGAUCAACAUGGUUUUGGUAUUCUAGGAAAGUCUAGCUGACGAGUGUGGGCUAUUAGAGAGAAUCUUCUUGACAAAAUAAAAGUUAAGUGAAACUAAUUAAAAGCUGAGGACUGGUAGUAAACAACCACUUGCAAGUAAAUCUGAAAAAUCGUGCAACAGGUAGAGUUGUCUUAAUAAUUAGGGGCAAUGGGAAAGUUUGGUCCAGGUGAUGCUUCUGGUUUGGCAGAAUUAACCCUUUUACAAGUACUUAUUGAGUAUAUUUUGAUGUUUUGGUUUUUAAUGCGUUAGAUUUCCCAAUUAAAAU